CAUCAUUUUGCUGCCGAUUUACCAGGCGUCCUCUGCCUUUUCCUCCACCGCUCGCCGCUCCGCCGGCCAGUGCGCAAAAUCUCCCUGAAAGUGAGAGCCUCAAAGCCUGAACCCUCAUGGGUCGGAAGAGGAAGCGCCACCGCAAGGCCGAGCCACCGGCGGAGCGAGCCGAACGAGGGAUGGUACACGAUGAAGCAGUCGACGAGGAGGAGGAGGAGCAAGACGGCAAGGACUCCACGACGACGAACCCACCAAUGGCAGAGCCUUCGGCGGCCGGCGGGUGCAAGGAAGUGUCGGAGGCGGCGGCGGAGGAGGAGGAGGAAGACAUCGGGAAGCUUCUGGAACCGUUCACCAGGGACGAGCUCCUGGACCUCCUCACCGACGCCUGCCUCCGGGACCCCGCACUCCUCGCCCGCAUGGCCUCCUCCGCCGCCUCCGACGCCGCGCAUCGCCGCCUCUUCGUGCACGGCCUCGGCCCCGGCGCCACAUCCGCCGCGCUGGCCGCCGCGUUCGCCCCCUUCGGCGCGCUCGACGAAUGCCACGUCGUCGCCGACCGCGCCACGAGUCGUUGCCGGGGCUACGGCUUCGUCACCUAUAGCCGCCGCUCCGACGCGCGCCGCGCGCUCGCCGACGCGUCCAAGCGCGUCGGUGGACACCCCGUCGCCUGCCAGCUCGCCUUCCUCGGCCCCGUUGCCCCGUCCUCGUCCUCUUCCUUCUCCGACCGUAAACUCUUCGUGGACAACGUCCCCGAGCGCGUCACGCAUGACGAGCUGAGGAGGUUCUUCUCCAGGUUCGGCGAGAUCGAGGAGGGGCCCCUCGGCGCCGACCGCGCCACCGGACGUUUCCGCGGGUACGCCAUCUUCUUCUACAAGUCGCCCGAGGGGCUCGGGAAGGCGCUCGAGGAGCCCAACAAGGUGUUCGACGGGUGCGAGCUCCAGUGCCGGCGCGCGCACAGGGUGAGCAAGAGGAAGCAUGCUCCGGCCGCACCCCCGGACACCGGUGGUCAGAGCAGUGAUGGCGCUGUUGCCGCGGCCUUGCCCGCUGUCCAUCAUGAGGACAUUGCAUUGACACCCAAGCAGCCGCUGCUUGGAUCAAAUCCGCUGGUUAAGCUGACGGCCAAGGGGAGUAGCUCAGCCACCGCCACCGUUCUCUUUCGUCAGAAUGCCGGGGCAAGCGGCGCUGGUAUCCUGGGUGCGGCCCCUGUGGCCACGGCUUUGCCCUCUUCGCCGAGUUAUAGCGCGUCGAGCACGCCGCCUAGUCGUUCUGGAGCUGCACUUGGGCAUGGUGGAUUGAGUGCCACUGCUAGAGCUGGUUCUUCGCUCAUGAUGCCUACAACAAUUGGGGCCAACAAUUCACUGCCACAUCUUCAGGUUCAGGGAUCCGGAGCUGUGAAGAGUCAGGUGUCGACUGGACGAGGCUUGAUCCAGCAUUACCUGGGACGAUAGGUAAAAUUAACAUGUCAAUUUGCUAUGCAAUCAACGAAAUGAAACACAAGUUCGUUGAGCCGAGCAGGGAUUGUGCAACUUUCCUUCUGAAAGAGCAACCUUGAUUAUUCUGGUGCAUUUCGUGGUUUACAGGUACCCUCCCUGCUUCUUAUCAAGGAGAAAUGCUUCUGAUUUCUAUCUACUAGGGAAGUAUGAUUUUGUGAAUAGCUUUAUUGUUUAGAGCAAACCAAAUAAUCUGUAACUGAAUGCAUUAUUCCUGAAAACAUGGCAAACUUGGACUCGGUUAUCUCUGCAAGUCUUGCGGUUUACACGAUUAUUCUGGAAUCUGUAUACUACAGAAGCGCGAUUUUGUAAUGAUGUAAGCUUUUAGAGCAAAUUCGUAAUCUGUAAUGACAGCAGCCUUGAGAUCAUUUAGUGGUGAGACCACCUUCGGUCACGAAACUUUUUAGUUUUUUUUUAAUAUAAAAAACUCUCUUCUCUCAGUUUUG